AUGGCGAACCAUCAUCGACAGAGUACUUAUGAAGCCAUCAAACCAUUAGAAGGACAACACAGCGUGUCUUCUGUUCAUCGCUCCAUGUCUCCGAGUUCUGUCAGUCACGACAUUGGCCACCAGAGGGGGUCGCCACUAAUGUCUUUGUACUCCUCAUGUCAACGCUAUAUUAGUGCGCCUGCUGGCGUGAAAAAAAAAAAGUUAAAACCAUUUUGCAAGCUCAAUAAUAAUUCAGUCCUGCAAGAAUAG